AUGGUGGCCGAGUACAGCGGGUACUGUGGGAUGGGGAUCAGCACCCGCGUGCGAGAGGGUGCCGAGCCCAUCACCAGCAGCUUCAGGAUGGUGUUCGUGCAGCUGGCCAACGUGGCCGUCACCAAGAUGGACGUGAAUAACCUGGCCACGGUGAUGGCCCCCAACUGCCUGCGCUGCCAGUCGGACGACCCGCAGAUCAUCUUCGAGAACACCCGGAGGAGAUGUCCUUCCUGCGGUUUCCUGGAUGACACCAAAGUGAAGAACUUCAUCACUUGCUUCAAAGACGUGACCUUCCUCACGUUCUUCUUCACGCGGCUGGAGCCGAACCGCAGCGGCCGCUACGAGCGCGAAUUCCCGUUCGUGUCCCGCUGCGGCGCGGAGCGCAACUUCCUGCGCUGCGAGCACAGACCCAUCGUCUUCACCCGCCUCCUGCCCCCGGACGCCUCCUCCUCAGCCUCCUCCUGCUCCCGCCGCGCCGUGCUGUCGUUCUGCGGCGGCGGGGAGCGGCUGGCCGUGCCGUUCCGGCCCGAGGCGCUGGUGAUGCUGCCGGAGAACGGGCGCUUGUACCACCCGGCGCCGGGCCGGGCGGGGGGCGCGGGGCCGGUGCGCUCGGCGCUGGCUCUGGAGUGGGGGGUCCCGCUUGGACGCUGGAGGCUGGUCGCCCACACGGCGUCUGCUCUACCCGCGCUCGCCAGCAGCCGGCACAGCUCCCGCUGCAGCGUGUGA